AUGCCCAUCAAUCUGGCUUUUUUAAGUCUGCCAUACUUGGAGUUUUUGUUCAUCGUGCGAAUGGGUCUCUGCGGUUCCGUCUUCAUUCUUCAUGCUCGAAUUGGAAUCUCCAGUGAGUCCUCGCAUCCCUUUCUCUGUCUUGCUCAUCCUUCUUAUCUCAAUUUCUGGUUUCGGGUUAUUGGGCGGCCGCAUUCAUUAGGGAUUGAAAAUGAUCUUGUUUUGCUGACUAUUUCCUUGAAUUGCUUUUUUCGGUCAAAGUGGGUUGAUUUGGGUUUGUCCUGCCUAGGUAGAAUCUUAAAGCUUAAUUUUGAAAUCAAUGUGGUGACAUUGAGCACCCUAAUCGACGGUCUUUUAAUUAAUGGCAGAAUUGAUCAAGCACUGAGGUUGCUUGAUUAUAUGCAAUGCAAAGGCCCCCAACCUAAUGAGACCACAUAUGCAAUCACCGUGAAGGGUUUAUGUAGCGCAGGUAACACCAUAUUGGCGAUUGAAUUGCUAAGGGACUGGGAAGAGAGAAGCUGCAGGAUCAAUUCCUUCACAUACAACAUAGUAAUUGAUAGUCUUUACAAAAAGGGAUUGCUAACAGAAGCCUUGAGACUCCACGAAAGUAUGAGCAGGAAAGGCGUCCAACUAGAUGUUGUUACUUAUAACAACUUGAUCCACGGUCUGUGCAAUGUAGGCCAGCUGGAAGAUGCUUUCGUAUUGUUGAAAGAGAUGAUGAGCAGAGGCAUCCAACCCAACAUAUUCAUUUGUAGCUCGUUGGUUCAUUGCUUAUGCAACCUAGGCCAAUGGAAAGAUGCUACAGUCUUGUUGGAGAAGAUGAUGAAGGCAGGAGUUGAACCGACAACAUAGAUGAGCAUGUAAAUGGAGAAAUUGGGCCGAUGUUUUAUAAAGAGAGAAGUAUUAGUUUUUUAUCCAAUAAAUCCUAGUGAUUCUAAAAAGAUGCUCAACUGGUGGAACCAAGCUCGCGGUGCUUGUUUCAAUCCGUAUAAGG